CUCGGCAAUAAAGCCAGCAAACCACACCAGUGGCCUCAGAGGAGAAACUGAUUGAUAACCUCAGAGUCUUUUUACAUACCCACAACUCACCAGAACCCUCAGUCACCAGCGAUCACACCUGGACCAACGAUCUCACCACAACGAUGUCAUCGACAGCUACAACCACAUCGGGUGGCAUGGUGGUGGUCACCCAGGUGUACCCAUCUCAUUUUCCCCAGGAAGGUCAGCGGGUGUGUCUGGGGACGCAGAGGUUCAUCCAGGGACAUCCUCUGGCUAUCGGGACGGUUCAGAUCAUGAUCGGAGUAUUAGUCCUCUUGUCUGGUAUCCCCAUGGUGAUAAAUGGAGGCAGUUUGGGAUUGUACAGUGGUUUCUUUGUGUGGGGUGCCGGCUUUUACAUCACCUCCGGCUCGCUCACAGUGGCUGCUGGGAAAUCUCUCAGUCGCUGUCUGGUAAACACUGCAUUGGGUUUCAAUGUGGUUUCCACGGUAGCAGCAUUCACCGCCAUGAUCCUGUACAGUUUUGAUGCUUCAGGAGUGACCACUUACUGCUGGGAUCCCCACUGUGAACAAUACAUGACACUGUUUCAGGGUUUCUCAGGGAUCCUGGUUGUGUUCCAUGUCUUGGAGUUUGCUGUUUCCCUCACCGUCUCUGUAUUUGCCUGUAGAUCUACCUGUAACUGUGACGACCAGCCGUCUGUCUACGUCAUCCCUGGAAAUGCUGCCAUGGCUGCCCAGGCUCCACCACCUUUACAUACUGUACCUGUCACCAUGGCUGUACCGGCCCAACAGAUUCCUAGCUUCCCAAAACCCGCAGAGAACCAGAACCAGAUCCACCCUGGACUCACUGAACCUCCGGCCUACACACGCUGAAGAAAACACCUGCUUUAAAGGGAUAUUUCAGGAUUUCUUAAGUUGAGUUGUAUGGGGUGCUUGGCUAUAGUACUAGUUUUAGCCUCCAGUGAUCCUGUUGUAAUUACAAGCUCAGAUACGCCUUUCAAUCUGGCAGGGCUCCGUGCCGGUUCUGGUUCCUGAACCAAAAUUUGAACCAGCCGGUGCGGUCAAACCGGGAAUAAAUUGGUUCUGAACCUAUAAAGUUGGUUCUCAGCUGGAACCAAAAAUAGUUGGUUCUUCCUUGGGAACUGUGACAUCAUCAGUGGGCGUAUCACAUUCUAGGUUGUGAGGAUGAGCAGAAAACAAAAGAUGAACUGGUCUGCUGGGGAGACAAAAUGUUUGUGAUCUGGGCAUUGACAGAAUUCCAGGUGAAGCUGGAGAACAAGGAAGACCAUGUCAUUUUCUGAACUUGUGGAAGGGAUGGCAACGGCUGGGUUCACCUGAACACCAGACCAAAUAAUUGAUUUACUCAAGAAACUGAAGAGGGAAUACCAGGACUGCAUGAAAGACUUGGGCCAAAGUGGAGCAGGACGUGGUACAACACGUCCAUCAUGUCCUCCCACUUUGAUUCUGCUUUAACUGGUGUGAACACAAGCCGGUUCGCCAGGAAGUAUCAAGGUUCUGAGUCCAGAAUGGAACCAGUGCCAGAACCAGAACCAUGUCUGUCUGAAAACACUCAGAGAGAACCAGUGCAUAGUGGCUUGGGAUGGGAAUAUUUUUUCUGCAAGAUUUACAUAAAAAUGGGCCAAGAAAAUAUGUCAGCUCGCCUGCACGCUGUGAAAAACACACAAAGCACUUCGUUUCUCCCAAAAUCCCCUCUCUGUCAGGCACUAAUUUACAAUGCAGCUUUCACCAUUUUAUACCCUUCAGCCUCUGCUCACUGUUUUCAGCCUAUUUUUACAGAAAACUCAUUAAUUUACGCGGACAAAACAUACAGCUGCUAUGCACCGGCUCUCUCUGAGCUCGUAAUAACAACAAGAUAAAAUGACACAGAAAUCACUGGAGGCUAAUGCCACUACUAUAGCAAACCACCUCAUACCACCCAACUUCAAAUAUCCCAAAAAUCCCUUUAAAAAGAAUCACAUGAUAACAUGUGAAUAACAUAAUAACAUAAUGACAGAAGAUUAACAUGAGAUUUACAUGUAAAUAACAAGAGAUUACCAUGAGAAAAACAAUAUCAUAAGAUUAACAGGAUAUUAAUAUCAAUAUAACAUGAACACUCAGAAUGAAAUUCAAAUAUUUCUUUUCAAACAUUGAUGAGAUGAAUUAAAAGGGUCAGAUUAAAAAUCACAACACUGAUAAAAAAUGUUUCACACUCCAUCACUGAUGAAGAUGAACCCUAAAGAAUAGAUAAUAAUAAUGAGAUGUAUUUACUUUAAUAGAGGCUGUACAGACACUAAAAAACACUAAAUCAUGGCUUUAUAAUUUUUCUUAUCUAAUAUGAUAAACAUGAUUUCAUCACUGAGCUUGUUGUGAUAAAAGUGUUUCUGUAUGAAAAAUAAAAAUGUUCUUUGCCAAAA